CAACAACCCACCGCUGGAGACGCACAACACUGCACGCCGCCGUCCAGCGGCCUACUAACCACUAACCAUACACAGGCACAGGUUGAAAAUUACAACGCCCGCACAGCCAACAUCAAGCGCCACGCAGCCCACCUCAACAGACUGCGGCGCAUGACCGGCGACAUCACACCGUGCUCGACAAAAGCGACAUCCUCCAUUUCCGGCAACAAAGACACAAACAACACUCGCGCGUACCUCAAGCUGCAGGCCUCCUCUAUGCCGUGAUCACCCGUGGAUGCACACACCAGCACUCACUCAUCUAUAUCUCGCCGCAUCGCCGUCGCCCCCGCCUAACACAUUCCCCUGAGCUUGGGUUGCGGUCCACCGCCACGUCCCAGCAGCCACCAUGGGAGUCGUCGACAAGCCCUUCUCCUCUCCGGCCGCGCAGAGAAGAGCGUGGAAGAGCGUGGAAGAGGAAUUAACCUACUACAAGACGCAAUACGAGACGCUGGAAAAUGAGCUGCAGGAGUUUCAGACUUCCAGCAAGGAACUAGAGGCCGAACUAGAACGCGACAUCGAAGAGAGCGAAAAGCGCGAGAGGAAACUGCAAGAAAAGGCAGAGAAACUGGUUUUUGAGGUCGAGGAGUGGAAGACAAAGUACAAGCAAAGCAAAGCCGAAGCAAACAAUGCGCAAAACACGCUGCAAAAGGAGAUUACUGCUUUGCGCGAGGGCCAACGCGCGCUGCAAAUGCGGCUCCGAGACAUUGAGGUGCAAAGCGACGAUUUCGAGCGCCAGGCACGCAACCAAACGUCAUCGCUUGAAGAUGUCGAAUCUAAGUAUAACGUGGCUAUUGAACGCGGCGUCAUGCUUGAAGAGGAAGUCAAGAUUGGAGAACAGGAACGAGAGCAACUACGUAUAGAAACACAACGACUACGUGAUGAACUGACCGACCUGCGCAUCGAGACGGAAAUCGUACAAGAAAAACUGCGCAUAGCAGAAGAAACCAUCGAACACCACCACCAGCGCAAGGUAUCUAGCCACCUUGCUGGUGACGUUUUGCGACCACGCUCACCGAUUUCUGAGGCGUCAACGUCUGCGACUACCCUUUCCUCGCCCACAGCCGGCUCGACCCCGCCGCACUCGAUAGCAGAUGCCCUCCACCCGGACACGACCCCACCAUCUCCGCCGCUCUCGGACGCACCCAUUACCACCAAACUCAUCCCUUCGACGCCCAUGUCCAGACGAAAGAAUUCUGUUGUGCCGCAGGACCCUGGAACUACACCUCGUGCCGGUAUGUACUCACGGGCGCCACGACAUUCGCGAGGGCCUAGUAUGUCAGGAUCGUCACGGCCACCCAGUUCAGCUGCCAGUGGGCGGGCCACGCCCUCCCUACGGCCGACUGUGACAGGGUCGCGAGAGACCAGACCAAGUCUUGGCGCGUCUACAUCAGCGGGUUUUCCCAGGUCAGGCUCGCUCUAUCAGAUUCGGGGGCUGAUAGGUAAGAUGCAGAGGCUCGAAGAACGAGUUCAAACAGCACGAUCCAAGCUUCCUGCGCCAACGAGUACGCCACCCCGAGCGAGCCCACGAGGCAGCAGCGGUUCAGGACACGUACCCAGCUCAGUUACGUUGAGGAAUGGUCGCAAGCGCAGCUCGCAAGCGUCAGUGGCGUCGUCAGUCCCCAGCGCCUACGAGUCUGGUGUCAGCCGCCUCUCCUUCGGUGCCUCCAGCUCUUCGAGGGAGCCUCCGACCCCCCAACCCGACAGCCGAAACUCGUUCUCGCCACCGGCUGCGGCGAUAGCACGACCAGCGAGCAGGAGCAGCAACCGUACCGCACUCGGCCACUACCAGUCGUCAUCGAUUAGCGGAAUUGAAUCACGAGUACCGAGACCACGAAGUUCAAUGAGCGGCCACUCCAACGGGCACAGUUACUCGCAGUCGCUCUCGUCGUCUGUACGGGAUGACGCAAGCACCAACAGUGAUGGAAGUGGGGUGACGACGCCAAUAAUGGGUCGACGUUCCACACUGGAGAAGUCGGGGAUCCCGACGCCAACGGGCAUUCCAAGGCGGGCGAGCGCAGGCCGACGAGCGAGUGCAGGCCAGGAUGGGGGAGAAACGGGAUUCCCCUUACGACUGCGGAGGAUGUCGACGCAGACUGAGGAAGAGUCUUAUUAGGGCGGCACGGGUCGGGCGUUUGCAGCAAAAACCAGAAGCUGCAGGGACUUUGUGCAUGUACGUUUGGGCUUUUUUGUCGGUAUAUGAUUUUGCGGCACUAUACCUCUAGCGUUUCUGGAGUUUGGCACACGGGAAGGGGGAUGCAGGUACCGUAUUUAGCUUGCACCGAUUCGGUUCAGACUGGAGCUUCCCCCCCGUCAAAGGACGUGGUUCUUUGCAUUUUGGGCAGCAUGGGUCGAAUUUAAGGGAGCAUUGCAGACGGUGUCUAUAGCCACAAGCCCUUUGGGGCAUUUACAUAUUGCUUAUACCAAAUUUUCCUUUGUCGAAAUUCAAAUAUACCCUUUGCCCUGA